AGUGUACGAGUUCAUUUACAGACGUUAACUCCAAAGUGAAACAAAGAAAGUAGAGAUAUAGAGAGAAGAUGGACAAGGCAACGAAGUCGGUUUCUUCCUUAGCUGCAUUUUUCAUCCUCUUUUUGGUUAUAUUUGAAAUGCCGGAGAUAGAGGCGCAGGAUAGCGAGUGUCUGAAAGAAUACGGUGGUGAUGUUGGCUUCGGUUUCUGUGCGCCUAGGAUAUAUCCGACGUUUUGUGUCAAAAGAUGCCGUGCGGACAAAGGAGCUCUAGGUGGAAAAUGCAUUUGGGGACAAGGCAGUAAUGUUAAAUGCCUGUGCAACUUUUGCCGCCCCGAACCUGGUCAGAUUCUAAGUGGCAUUUGAUCAAUCCUGCAUGUGUGAUGGUGGUUUCUGAAAUAAUAAUGGUGAAAAUGGUCCAAGUAAUAAUGUAGUGAGUAUGAAAAAUAAAACCGCCGGAAGCAUCUAAGGCUUACAUGGUUUGAUC